AUGGCCCAACAGGGCUUCAGCCAGUACAGCCACCACGGCGGUGGCGGUAGCAUCAAUCCAAAUGAUCUCAACUUCAAUCAAGGCUUCCAGCAGAACUUUGGCGCAAACUCCAACAACCAGAACAACGCAUUCUCGAGCGGUUCAGCCGUCUUUGGCGAUGAUGAAUUGCUGGACGGGCUAGCAAGCCCGACCGAGGGAGGCUCAGGCAUGCAAGGCCAGGAGUUUGGUGGCAUGAACGACAUGAAUAUGGGCUACAACCAGAAUGGAGCCGGCUUCAACUCGCACCCAAGCGUCCCAAUCGACCAGUCGCACAUGUCAGGCUAUUCCAACACACCCGACGGCGAUCCUAUUCAAAGCCCCUUCAUGCAGAACCUGGGACAAUACCGUUCCAUGCAUGGGCAUACACAGCCGUUCGGCAACUCAAUACAGUCACCCAUGUCCUACGCCGGCUCACCCUUGGCCAACGAGAUGAAGGACCCUAACGACAAUGCCCACAUCCAAGCUCGUCAGCGACUCCAGGCGCAGGCCAUGCAGCGCAAGGCUUCCAAUGCGAGAAGCCCGCUUACCCCUAAGAUGGGAGCGCUGGGCUUGUCUAUCGGGUCGCAAGAUGGAUUCGGCCCACAGCCAAUACGAACAACAGGCGCCAGCACUCAUCAUGUUAAAGCACCUUCUGGCCAUUGGGCACACACGCCAAACAGCAUGGCUUCAUUCCCUGGCUCUGGCCUGUCAUCGCCGCUGCAGACCGAAAUGCAUGGUAACCAUCAAAUCAACGAGUUCCUGAUGAAGGGUGCGUCGAUGCCUACGAAGCUGGGCCAGGGCAAUGCUUUGUCCUCGCAACAAGAGGCCAAGAAGAAACGUCGCAGGGAGUCCCACAACCUAGUCGAGAGGCGAAGGCGAGACAACAUCAACGAGAGGAUCCAAGACCUAAGCAAGCUUGUUCCCGCUCACAGACUAGACGACGAGAAGAUACGCAAAAUGAUCACCAACGGCACCCCUCUGUCGCCGACACUAUCCGGCUCUUCCAACCCGGGCACAGCGACAUCAGGCCUAGCCGGCCCAGGCGCCAGGAGAGCGACCACCGGAGCUGCGGGCAACAUAACCACGGGCUUGCCGAUGGAGGACAAAGACAAGGGUCCAAACAAGGGUGACAUCCUGAAUGGCGCUGUUAGUUGGACGCGUGAUCUUAUGUGGAUGCUGCAGGCCAAAAUUCAACAAAAUGAGGAGCUCAUCACCCUGAUCCAAGAUCUUGGAGGACAUCCUCCAUUUGGCAUCACUGAGGACGAGAAGAGAAUGCAGACGGAGCUGCUCGAGGCCCUCGCCAAGAAUGAGGCUACGGAGUUCACCUAUUCACGGACGGCAGGAUCGGGUUUGAGAGUGCCGCAUCACACUGACUACAAGGGUGAACCUAUCAACAGCACCGAUCCCAGCACCGAGAUGAACUCCAUCAGCCCGGAGGGUGAUGUUAACGGCCAUCUUGGCAAUGGCGGAAUGGACACGAACCCCUUUUGGGAAGAUGAACCGUCAGAGUUGAAGUUCAACCGUAACAGCUUUGACGAAGAAGAUGAGUUCAUGGAGUUGACGAACUAA